CACCCCCGCCCCCGGUACCGGCGAAUUCCAAGUGCAAGCAGAAAGAGAGCACAAAGACAUGACGUCAUUUCUGUUUACAGCCAAUUAUAACUUUUUUUAUUUGGCAGUGAGGGGCCUGGGGGUGGUAUAUUUUGCCUCCGUGCUCGUACUUAUGUGAAGCGUGUCAGAGCCGCUCCGCUUUUGUUGUGACUGCCUCCUUCCAGCGGAGAAAAGCGCGCAAAAAGCCGGCAAAGACAGGGUCAAGUACCGGAGGAGCGUGCGUAAUCAAAAACCGAGGCCAUACGAUCAUGCGCGUGCGGGCGCAGUCUGUAUGCUUAAUCCCAUUUCCUUAUCCGGGGCUCCUCCAGGAGGCGUGCUAUUGGCCGAGCGCCGUCACGUGCGAGCCUAACUUUGUUCACUUGACAGAAAAGUAGGAGGGUUCAAAGGAACAGGAAUAACCGAAGAGUAAAGGGAUGGGAUAUAAAUUUUAGCUAUAUAUUUUCGAGUAGGUGCAAUUCCACAAAAAGGCUGAAAUUGAUGGCCAUGAGUUCCUAUUUGAUCAACUCCAACUAUGUGGACCCCAAGUUCCCCCCGUGCGAGGAGUACUCACAGAGCGACUAUCUGCCCAGUCACUCUCCGGACUACUACAGCUCCCAGAGGCAGGAGCCCGCAGCCUUCCAGCCGGACUCUCUCUACCACCACCCCCCGCAGCACCACCGGCCGCGAGCCGAGCCGCCCUACACGCCGUGCCAGCGCGCGGCGCAGCCCGCCUCGGUGCUCAUGCCCCCCCGGGGUCACGUCGCGCUGUCCGCCGGGCAGCAGGCGACCACAUUCUCGGAGCAGAGCCACCGCUGCGACUCGGUCACGCCGAGCCCCCCUCCGCCUCCUUCCUGCGGGCAGACGGCUCGCGGUCAGAGCGCGUCCUCCUCUCCCGCCAGCACGCGGAAGGACCCGGUGGUGUACCCGUGGAUGAAGAAGGUGCACGUAAACAUCGUCAACUCCAGCUACUCGGGGGGAGAACCGAAGCGCUCGCGGACGGCUUACACGCGCCAGCAAGUCCUGGAACUGGAGAAGGAGUUUCACUACAACAGAUACCUGACGCGCAGGCGCAGGGUGGAGAUCGCGCAUACUCUGUGCUUGUCAGAGCGCCAGAUCAAGAUCUGGUUUCAGAACCGGCGGAUGAAGUGGAAGAAGGACCACAAGCUGCCCAACACCAAAGUCCGCUCGGGGACAAACGGAGCGGCUCUCCCGCAGACUGUGGCUGGCUCUCAGAACCGGCCCUCCGGACACCUAUAGCGCCCCCCGUCCCGGCCUGAGCCCCGUUUUCUGUUUGACCCCCAAAACUGAACACUGAAGAGUAAACGCAGCAACCGCCGACAAUGCACUUUGGAUCGAAGCGAUUCCUCACGGAGCAGGACAGGGGGGAGGGGGGUCGGUAUAAUCUGACAUGAAGUCAGCAGGAGUCAGGCUCCUCGGCCUCCUCUGGUUCCGUUCUCUGAUGGCCUUUCUGCAUCCCUCACUUCGGAAGACUCCAUCUUUGAAUCACAUGCACUCUCAGACACGCGCCUGCGCGCACACACACCCCUACUGCCAGUAAAACACGAGAAGGAAUGAAGACAGGGACAGCUGCCUCACUGCGUGGUGCAGUUUGACAGCACGAGCGCCACACGCGCGCCUGUCCUGCUCCUGCAAUCUCUAAUGUCUUUGAGGAAUGAAUAAAAGCUUUACAGACAUGUAAUCGAGGUUUCCACGGCUGUGCGCGGGAGUGUCCUGCGCUCGUCGUGAUGCUGCAGGGAAGGAAGCGGUCUGUCACGCUGAUGAAAUGAAAAUACACUUCAUGGGAGUUUAUUUCUCCCUCCACCGAACUGUUCAUCUAGGCUGCCUAACACUAAUAACCACACCAAAUAUUACAAAAGCGCAGCACUAAUAAUAGUCAGUUACCUCAGUUGUACGUAAAAAUAAAAAUUGUACGUAUAAAUAUAUAUUGUAUGUAUUUUGUCAUCCUUUUUCUCCUCUUGUUUGUUUCAUUAAAUGCUAAUUUUAUGAGCUUUAAUAUUUUUGAAAUGAUGUGAGGAAAGAUAACAAAUUAAAGGCGCUUUUGCUGGAAUUGAUCAUUCUGCAGAGACUUUUACGCACGCAGAGCGGAGCCGCGCUCUCGUGUUCUGAAGACUUUCUCCGGGUUUCUGUGCACUUCCACGGCGCUCGUGUUUCCUGUGUUUACCUCGGUGCCUCUGCUCACAUGUGAUCUGCCUGCGACUGUUUGUAACUGAUCAUGUUUUAUUUACAUUCCAAAUGUCAGUGCGAGGACCAGUGUCCGGGAUAAUGCUGUUCUUCAACGUGGGUUGGCCCCCCAAAUAUGAAGUUGCUCCUUUUUCUGCUUGUGCCUCAUUAUGUGCUGUUGUAAAUAGUAAAUAGAAAUUAAAAACGUGUCUGAUAUCCUUUCUUUUUCUUUUUUCUUUUUAGAAAUGGUGAUAUGGCGAGUGUGCGCAUUUUCACUCCAACCUGUGAUUUAUUUUUCUGGGUGUAUUGCGUGAUUUGGCUCUGCGGGAGUGGACGCGGCCCACAAAUAGUUUCAUUUUUUGUGGUUUCCCCGUUUUUGCGCACGGAGAGCUUUUACGCACAGACAGGAGGGCGCGAUGAUGCGUCCGUCACGGCCAUGAGUGAUCGCGGUACAUUACGCGCAGUAAUCUUGUUUUAAAUCACCAGCCGUCCCCCCGUUUCACUCCCGUUCUCCCGUUAAUUUAACGGCAGCUCGGGCGCACAUGCGUCACAGUCCUCUUUGGUUUUCAAAGGCGAAAACAUCAAUGGUUCAUGAUUAUUUUUUAUGCUUAAAUUAGUGUAACUCCUGCGCAACGCUCUCCCUCCCUUUCCGGUGUUCCGUGGGCUGCUCUGGCGCGCCCAUGUGUGUUGUAUUUAUUUUUUAUUUAUGGUAUAAAGGGAGCGGGCCAGCGCAAUAGCUCAAACGUUGACAACCAAAUAGAUAAUCAACAAGACGAAUGGCUUCUUUUGUGCGGCGCGGCUCCCGUAUUAAUUCUCAUUUUCUUUUCUGAGAGCAGGCAUCGAGAAAUAUGGAGCAGCGGAGGGGGAGAGAGUGCUAUUCCUCUGGUUGAACUUUAAACAAAAAAAUAAAUAAACAGAAAAAA